CCCUCGCCUUCGCCUUCGCCUUCUCUUGUCUUUUCUUCUCUUUCUUCCUCUUCGCGUCUCUCGUCUCAUCCUCCACAGUGACGCUUUUGUUCUCUCGGAGAUUUCUUCUGCUUCUUGAAUCCUCGCGGUGAAAGAGAAUAGGACUGUUGUUCCGGUGAAAGGACGCCAUUGAUUCAUGUGCGAGUCCUGAGAGGGCUAUGCGAUCUGUACAAACAAUCGCUUGUUGAUCCGGCUCCCGGUUGGAGAUGAUGAGAUACCAGAGAGUUAGCCCGGACAUCCUCCCCCUCGGCAAUGGAAGGAAGCCGAUCCUGAGAACAUGGAAAGAAGACGACGCCGACCACGGCAGCAGAAGCACUAGCCACUCCCCUCUCGAAGCCAAACCCAUAAGAGCGAGAUCGGUGUCCGGAUCGGCCGGCCCAUCCCCAACCCGAGACCACCAGUUCCCUCGCACCUCCUUCCCCUCAGAUUCCCCUACCUCAGCGGCACACUCGGAGAGCCAACCGCCGCCCCCUUCCGCUUCCGCCAAGUCUUAUAGCCGGCACCAUGAGACCAUCAACGGGGUCGGCGGCGACGUCAUACUGCAGUGGGGACACAACAAGCGGUCCCGCGGGCCGAGGGCGGAGAGCCGGGCGUCGGGCGACGAGACCUCCUCCCACUCGAAGCAGAUGCUCAAGGUUCCUCGCCGAUCGGCGGCGGCGAUGCCCCCUCCGCACUUUGCCGGCUCGUACGCCAGGGGAGCCCAUCUGAGGUCGUCUGUUACCGUCCGUGAUGCCAACAAGGGCGUCGAAGAGCGAUCGGGCGGCACAGCUCGAUCCGAUAAGCGAUCGCCUUCUUCCCCACCGAAUAAGGUUCUGAGGUCCGCCGCCGACGGCUCCAUGAAUCCGCCGGAACCGAAGCGUCAGCCCUCGGAUCAGGAAGCUGCUUCCCCGGUGGGGGCCGCCGCGAUCGGGGAGAAGCUGAACCUUGACCAGUUCGAGUGGCCCAAGAUCUUCAUAUCCCUCUCGCGCAAGGAGAAGGAGGACGACUUCCUAGCCAUGAAGGGCACCAAGCUGCCCCAGCGCCCCAAGAAGCGGGCCAAGAACAUCGAGAAGACUCUCCAGUAUUGUUUUCCAGGAAUGUGGCUGUCGGAUUUGACGAGGGGACGGUAUGAAGUGCGGGAGAAGAAAUGCGCUAAGAAGGUAUUCUUCCCCACGCAUCCCGGAUUCUCUCCCCCCUCCUCCUCCUCCUCUUGCCCUCCGUAUUUCUGUCCAUCACCAACAAAUCGACCUAAUCUUCUUCGACUUCUUGGUUUUUUCCUAUUUUUUUAUGUGUCUAUUUUAUUUAUUUUGUUGACGCAUCCCAUCCAUCAUGGCAUCCGAGAAGGUGGAUCAUAAAACAUGCAUGACGCCAACCAAUUCCCAGUUUUUGGCCCUCGAGAGAAGGGAGUGGGUUGAAAAUGGAUCGGUCCCUUUUCCCUAUCUUCACGUGGGUCCCUGACACCCGUCACAGUGCCCGCAUUGAUGGUCCCAAA